CACGCGCGCAAUUGUUAACACGUUCUUCCUUCGCGUCUGUUUGAAGCUGGUUUGCUCCUGUGAGAAAGAAACGAUACAGCUUCCGCGAUGUACAAUAAUUACAAUGCGUCUGGCUACAAUCGCCCUCCUCCUGGCUAUGGAGGCCCGCCUGGUAUGGCACCGCCAGGGAUGGUACCUCCUCCAGGUACCGCUGCAGCACCACCUGGCGUAGCCCCCCCAAACGUCAACCACAACCAAGGCGGCCCUCCCGCUGCCGGUGGACCCCGAGCGCUCCCUCCAAACUGGCAGCCUCCGGCCAACAUGCCGAACAUCAACUUCAACGCGCCAGUCAUCCGACUCGGGACCGGUGGGCCGCAGCGCGGCGCCGCUCUCGACAGCCCCUCGGCGCGACGGGAGAGCGGUGCACCCCCAGCACGUCGCGGCCUGGGCAUGGAAGGAAACAGAGAUGACCAGGGCAAAGGAAGAGACGGAUUGGUAAUGCUUAUUCCCCCGACGCGCGAGGAGAUCGCGCGCACCAUCUUCGUCGGCAAUAUCCCAGAGGGUGCUGGUGGUGACGAGGGAAUGGAGAGGAUACUCGCGUCGGCGGGAAACCUGCGGCGCUGGACGAGAGCUACCGAUGCCAAUAACAAGAUUCAGACGUUUGGAUUCGCAGAGUACGAAGAUGCGCAGAGUUUGGAGACGGCGGCAGAGAUCUUCCAGGAUGUCCUUGUUCCUACUAAGCGUCAGGAACCUCGCAAGCCUAAGGAAGAAAACAAGAAGGAUGAAGGUGACAAAAAUGAAGGUGAGAAGGAGGACGGUGACAAGGACGAAGCCGACAAAGAGGAAGAAAAAGAGAUUGAGAAGACGAAACUGCAAGUGGUGGUUGACGACGCCUCGAUCAAAUAUGCCGAGGACUGGAAAGCCCGCCGCGGUGACGACGAGGAAACAACCCAGUUUCGCAUCGAUUCCGCUAGGAAGACUCUAUCGGAGGUCCUUGCGAGCUUGUUCAAUCCUCCGAAUCCUCUCCCAGUCGAUGCAGCAGGAGAUGUAGCAAUGACGGACGCCCAGGCCCAGGACGGAGAGGGAGUAGAGGUCGUGCAGAUUGCCUUCAACGCCGAAGACGAGCUCUCAGAUAUCCCGGCAGAGAUGCGCGAAAUGGUCGCCGCUGAGAUCGCUGCUUUCCGCGACCGCUCGAACCGACGAGACUUGGAGCGCCUGAAGCGGGAGGAGGAAAUCGAGGCAGAGCAACGCCGCCGUGAUAAUCGGCGAGCUUCACCCCCGGCCUCGGCUCCAACAGGACCUGGCGGUGCAGGGGCAAACGGUGUUCCACUUGGCCCCAGGGCCGAACGCGGUAUCCAAGGCGCACCUAGUGGACCUAAGGGGUCCCAGUUCCCUCGCGACUACCAAGGCGGCGUUAACUUUGUUAACGGAGGUGCUCUCAACCAUGGCGUGUACAUCAACCGCGAGGACGAAGAAGACUCUGCCAGCGAUUCGGAGAUCGAGGAUCGUCGCAGGAAGAAGCGUGACGACGAGCUGGAGGAGGUCUACAACAAGAAAUUGAACCAGUGGCUCAAGUACGAAAGCCGAGCUGUCCAGACGUUGGAGCGCACGAGCGGACGACUUCGAAACGAGGAGGCGGAGCGCGAGAAGGAAAGGGAGGUGCAGGCCAAAUUCCUGGAGAACUUCGAUGAUGACGUGGAGGCCUCAAAGAAGACCCUCUUGUUCUAUCGAGACCAUGGCGAAUACAUGCGGCAACGUACACGCAACCGUGAUCGGGAAGCAAGAGAUGAUGCCAACGACCGUAACGAGGAGAACCGCGAGACGGCAGCACAGAACAGGCGAAACCAAGAAAACUCUCGAAAAGCAGAUGCAUUCCUUGAAGAAGCCGCCGAGGAGAUUACUCGAUCAUCUCGCGAGAACCAGCCGUUCAAGCUAUCCCUUGGUGCUGCAGCCAAGAAGGUCGAGCAAGCAGAAGCUCCUCGUCGCACAGUUGCUGAAGUGGAGAAUCUUCUUGACGAUGAAGAGCUUGCGGAGGGACCCACGUCGAAGAAGCGUACCAUCGUACCCAUCAACUUCGAUGCAUCUGUCCGAGCGAACCUCACCCAGGAAGAAAUCGUCGAACACCAGAAGCAGCUUGCAAAGGACGUUCCAGGCACCAAAGAAGGCCUUUGGGAGUGGCAGGUCUCGUGGGAGAACCUUCUUGACAAGGUUGUUGAUACUGAUAUCAAAAACUGGGCCGAGAAGAAGAUUUUGGAAUUGUUGGGCAUGCAAGAGGACAUGCUGGUAGACCUGAUCGUGACGCAUCUGAAGGCUCACAAAGGUCCACAAGAAUUGGUCAAUGAAUUGGAGGGUGUCCUCGAUGACGAAGCUGAAGCUUUGGUGAAGAAACUGUGGCGCAUGGUCGUCUAUUACAGCGAGUUGGAGAAGCGAGGCAUAAAAUAGAACACGCGCUGAUUGGCUUCCAACCUGUCAAGUAAAGGAAAGCAAAGCAAGUGUGGUUCCAUGAGCCAACGGUUCACAAAUCGUUCAGCCGAGGUGCGUCUCUUCGAUGCAGGUGCACGGACGAGAGAUUGACUUGAGCAGUUUUGAGCAAACAUCAAUGUGGUGGUUUAGGUAUUUUGCAUGCGCCACAGAGGCGUAAAGCUAUGGACGGACAGCUUUGGCUGCAAUACAAAAACUUCGUUUCCUC